UUCUCAUGGGAAGGAUCUUAAUUCUAUCAUUUUCUUCGUCGAGGGUGUUCUGAGAAGGGAUGGAAUCCGUUCAGUUGAAGAAUAUUUGUCCUCAAAACGAGCAAGAGCUACAGACUUAUUAUGAAUAUCUUCGACGUCAUGCACUGCAGCUUGAGGCGGAACUUUCUCGUGUUCGACAAGCUAUGGCUCAAGUUAGUUUCUAUCUUCGUGAUUUCCGUCAGCUCGGUGAAGAUAAAAGUCGAAGUGGUUUUUCAAACGUUAGUACUGUCACUGGCGAAUCCUUAGAAAAUACUUGCUUAUCCAGGAACACAUCUUUCUCGUCAUUUGGUUCGUCCACUGCGAGGUCGGAUACAAUGCAACAGCAGAGAGUAGGUGAUAAGCGACGAAGGGUUAACAAGGGAUCGAGUGGACGAUAUUGGUCUAGUGAGGAACAUGAAAGGUUCCUGGAAGCUUUGGAAAAGUAUGGACAACAAAACCUGAAAGCGGUUGCUUCUUAUGUUGGAACGAGAACUGCAGUGCAAUGCCGCACUCAUCUCCAAAAAUACCUUCUUCGCCUUGAGAGAGAGUCACAACGUGGUCUGUUAAAGCAAAAGGACUCCAAAGCAGAGAAACAAGUCGUUGAAGCUGAUUUUGAGAGUAGACGACCUUGGGAAGAUAGAAAACCUUCUACUUUGGAAAAUGAAGUUCCGUUCCGUUGUAAUUCGGAACGUUCAAAGAUGGACAGUGAAAGAAAUGUAUCGCUAGUUGGUGGAGUACAUUUGCUUUGUGUCGCAGCGCAGGAAGUUAGUGCUCGUUGAAAGAAUUUUAAAAAAGGUGUUUUAAGUUAUUGGUUGGUGCUUAUCAAAGGGUCAAUAAACGUGUUAUUCAAUUG